AUGGGGGUCCACGUCAGGGAGCGGGCCUGCGGCUCAGACGCCACAGGCGCACCCCCCGAGGCAGCAGCGGCAGCGGCGGCUGCCGCGCGGGCGGCACCCCGCCUGCCGCCGCCUGCCGCCAUGCUGGAACUCGCCUUCCUGCCCAAGCUGCUACUGCAGCACGAUUCCAGCCCCAUGGAGGUGCUGGAGGACGUGCAGAGCGCGUUCCUGGCGGCGGCGCGGCGGCACGCGGUGCAGGCCGCCUUGAGCCCCAGCGGGGAUGGCCUGGCGGUGGCGCUCGGCCAGCGCCUGGUGGUACUCAACCUGUUCAACCUCGGCAGCGCCGCCAGCAACGGCGGCAACGCGGCGGUGGAGUUUGUGAGCGCGGUGGAUGCGCCUGAGACGGUGACAGCGCUGGCAUGGCUGGCCGCCGGCGCCCAGUCGGCAGACGAGUGCAUCCUGGUGGGCACCUCUGAGGGCUUCCUGCAGCUCCACUCCGCCGCCAGCGGCGCCCUGCUGCUGCGCCAGGCGCUGCACCACUCGGCGGCGGUGGCGGCGGCGGUACGGUGCGGCGGCUGCGGUACGGACCCUUCCGACCUGUCCGAGGACGUCACCCUGGCUUUCGGCGAUGCCGUGGUGCGGCUGCCCGCCUGGGAGGUGUGGGCGGCGGUGCGCUGGCACACGGGGCGCGGCGGCGGCGGCGGCUGGUGGGGCGGCGGCGGCGGCGGCGGCCCGGCGCCCCACCAGCUCAGCUUCUCCAAGUUCACGCUGCCACGGGGCGCAGGCCCCCGCUCGCAGGCCGUGUGCCUGGGCCCGCCGCCCCUCAGCCUGCAGGCCGCCAUGAAGGGGCGGCAGGACCAGCACCGCCGCCUGCACAUCCUCACCGCGGGCUCCGCGCCGCCGCUGGCCGCAUACGAGGCCGAGGAGUGUGCGGCGCCCGGCCUGCUGUCCCUCGUGUCUGACCUGGCCAGCUCCACGGCGGCCAGCCUGCUGGGCCGCAUCGUGCCGCGCCCGGCGGCGUCCGCGGGGCGGUCGCUGCUGGGGGGCCUGCGCCGGGGCAGCCGCGGCGGCAGCGCGGCGGGCGGCGAGGACUGCGGCGACGGGAGGGGCGGCGGCGGCGACGCCCAGCAGCAGCAGCAGCAGAGGCGGGAGAAGGUUGCGGGGGAGCCGGCCAGCCUGGUGGCGACGGUGUGGGAUGAGAAGCGGUGCAUCACGCAGAUGGCGCUGUCGCCGACCGGCGGCUGGGCGGCAUGCUGCGACAGCCUGGGCCGUGUGAUGCUCGUGGACACCGCCGCCACCCUGGUGGUGCGCAUGCUCAAGGGCUACCGGGAAGCCCAGGUGGCCUGGCUGGUGUGCGGCAGCGGCAGCAGGGGCGGCGGCGGGGCAGGGGCCAGCGUGGGCAACGGCCUGGCCCCGCUGGGCGGCUCCAGCUCCAGCCUGGCCAGCCUGGGCAGCAGCGUGGCGGGCAGCAGCGUGGCCGACCUCGCCUCGCCGCCUCGGCUGCCGCGGCAGAGGCAGGAGGAGCGGCGGCGGCAGGAGGAGGAGCAGCAAGAGGUGCAGCAGCAGCAGCAGCACCAGCAUCACCAGCAGCAGCUGGAGCCUGGAGACGAGCCAGAGGCACCCGCUGCAGGGAGCGGCUCACCCCAGCCCCAGCCCCAGCAGCAGGCGCAGGCGCAGGCGGCGGCCCAGCCGUUCCCGGACGCAGCCGCAGGCCAGCGGUUCCCACGGGGCGGGCACCUGCUGGUGGUGUAUGCUCCGCGGCGAGGGGUGGUGGAGCUGUGGGAGCCGCAGUCGCUCACCAGGGUGGGCAGCGUGCGGUGCCCCGCACAGCUGGGCCUGCUGCUGCAGCAGCCGACGCGGCGAGACUCGGGCCCCGGCUCGGCCGCCGGCCCUGCCGCGCCGUUCCCCCCCAACCGCUGCCUGCUGCUGGACGCGGCUGCCUUGACCCUGCAUGACCUCACGGGGCCUCUCGCCGACCUGCUGUAA